CGGAGGCUGCGUAAACUAAUAGAACCGGAGGAAAGAUGGCGUCCACGGCGGCUGGGAAGCAGAGGAUUCCCAAAGUGGCAAAGGUGAAAAAUAAAGCUCCAGCAGAAGUACAGAUCACAGCGGAACAGCUGUUAAGAGAAGCAAAGGAGAGAGAACUUGAGCUUCUUCCCCCACCUCCUCAACAGAAGAUCACAGAUGAAGAGGAGCUAAAUGAUUACAAGCUUCGGAAAAGAAAGACUUUUGAAGAUAACAUAAGAAAAAACCGGACUGUUAUUAGUAAUUGGAUCAAAUACGCACAAUGGGAAGAAAGCCUCAAAGAAAUACAAAGGGCUCGUUCCAUCUACGAGCGUGCUCUAGAUGUGGACUACCGAAAUGUAACUCUUUGGCUGAAGUAUGCCGAAAUGGAAAUGAAGAAUCGCCAGGUUAAUCAUGCACGAAAUAUCUGGGAUCGAGCUGUCACUACUUUACCAAGAGUUAAUCAGUUCUGGUACAAAUAUACUUACAUGGAAGAGAUGCUGGGAAAUGUUGCUGGGGCCCGCCAGGUGUUUGAACGUUGGAUGGAAUGGCAGCCAGAGGAACAGUCCUGGCAUUCCUACAUUAACUUUGAACUAAGAUAUAAGGAAGUGGAUAGAGCACGCUCUAUUUAUGAGAGAUUUGUCAUGGUCCAUCCUGAUGUUAAGAAUUGGAUUAAAUAUGCUCGCUUUGAGGAAAAACACAGUUAUUUUGCACAUGCAAGGAAAGUAUUUGAAAGAGCAGUGGAAUUUUUUGGAGAAGAACAUAUGAACGAACAUUUGUAUGUUGCAUUUGCCAGAUUUGAAGAGAACCAGAAAGAGUUUGAACGGGUGCGAGUAAUAUACAAAUAUGCCCUGGACAGAAUUCCAAAACAUGAGGCACAGGAGCUCUUCAAAAAUUACACAAUUUUUGAGAAGAAAUUUGGGGACCGAAGGGGAAUUGAGGAUAUUAUUGUUAGCAAGAGGAGAUUCCAAUAUGAAGAGGAAGUAAAAGCUAAUCCGCAUAAUUAUGAUGCUUGGUUUGAUUAUCUGCGUCUGGUGGAAAGUGAUGCAGAUGCUGAUACUAUACGUGAAGUUUAUGAAAGAGCCAUUGCCAAUGUUCCUCCAAUCCAAGAAAAGCGACACUGGAAGAGAUACAUCUAUCUGUGGAUCAAUUAUGCACUCUAUGAAGAGCUAGAGGCAAAGGAUCCAGAGAGAACAAGACAGGUAUAUCAAGCGUGUAUUGAACUCAUUCCUCACAAAAAGUUUACAUUUGCUAAAAUAUGGUUGCUAUGUGCACAAUUUGAAAUCAGACAGAAGAAUCUCCAUCUUGCCAGGAGAGCAUUGGGGACAUCUAUAGGUAAAUGUCCAAAGAACAAACUAUUUAAAGGCUAUAUUGAACUGGAACUACAACUGCGAGAGUUUGACCGUUGUCGGAAACUGUACGAAAAGUUUUUAGAGUUUGCACCUGAAAACUGCACAUCAUGGAUCAAAUUUGCUGAAUUAGAAACUAUCCUUGGUGAUAUUGACCGAGCCAGAGCUAUAUAUGAACUAGCUAUUGGCCAACCUCGAUUGGAUAUGCCAGAGGUACUUUGGAAAUCUUACAUAGACUUUGAAAUUGAACAAGAAGAAUAUGAGAACACAAGAAAUCUAUACAGGCGGUUGCUUCAGCGAACACAGCAUGUUAAGGUAUGGAUUAGUUUUGCCCAGUUUGAGCUCUCAGCAGGUAAAGAGAACAAUUUACCACGAUGCCGGCAAAUAUACGAAGAGGCAAAUAAAACCAUGAGAAAUUGCGAGGAGAAAGAGGAGAGGCUUAUGCUCUUGGAAUCUUGGAAAAACUUUGAAGAGGAGUUUGGAACAGAAUCCAGCAGAGAGCGAGUAGACCAACUCAUGCCUGAAAAAGUCAAGAAGCGGAGAAAACUUCAAGCCGAAGAUGGGUCUGAUGCCGGCUGGGAAGAAUAUUAUGAUUACAUCUUCCCAGAAGAUGCUGCCAAUCAACCCAACCUCAAACUGCUUGCAAUGGCUAAACUCUGGAAGAAGCAGCAACAGGAUGAAAAUCCAGAGAGAGAUCCAGACAAGGAUAUUGAUGAAAGCAGUCCCUAACAUUAUCUUUGAUUUCUUUUCCUUUAUAUUGUACAGAUUUUUGCUAAUAAACUAUUUCCAAAAAAAAAAAUAGUUGCUAAUGCUUGAAGUGAGAGAAAGAGGCAUGUUCUUAACAUAAACAUUUGAAGAGUAAUGUACAGUAUAUAGCUAUGAUUACUACAUUACAAAAAUAAUAUUGUAGAGCUGAAAAAGCAGCAGCAAGGAGUAACUGCCUAUUGAGGUAAGAGAAGAUAUUAUGAUCUUUAGCUUAGAAGAAAGACAAAGUGAUAUGAUACAGGUGUAUAAAAUAAUUGAUGGAUUGGACAAUUUUUUUUUUCAUU